CCUGAGGUGACCCAACACUGGAGCCUACCCAGGCUCUUUGGUGGGGCUAAUGGUGGAGUCUGGGAGGGCUCACGCCAAGGAGUACUUCCCAGAACUUCUGCUGCCAGUGUCCUUGUCCUCAUGGUGAGACAGAGCCACCCCCCGCCUCUCCAGGAGAUCCCCCAACACUAGGAGGUAGGUCUGGUUCAAUCUCUAUGGGGUCACUGCUCCUUCCCCUGGGUCCCAAUGCACACACUGCUUUAUGUGUGCCCUCCAAGAGUGGAGUCUCUGUUUCCCCCAGUCCUGUCAAAGUCCUGCAGUCAAAUCCUGCUAGCCUUCAAAGUCUGAUUCUCUAGGAAUUCUUCCUCCUGUUCCCGGACCCCCAGGUUGGGAAGCCUGAUGUGGGGCUCAGAACCUUCACUCCAGUGGGUGGACUGCUGUGGUAUAAGUGUUCUCCAGUUUGUGGGUCACCUACCCAGCAGUUACGGGAUUUGAUUUUAUUGUGAUUGCGCCCCUCCUACUGUCUCAUUGUGGCUUCUCCUUUGUCUUUGGAUGUGGGAUAUCUUUUUUUGGUGAGUUCCAGUGUCUUCCUUUCGAUGAUUGUUCAGCAGUUAGUUGUGAUUCCAGUGUUCUCUCAAGAGGGAGUGGAUUUCUGCAUUUUAACUGUUCCCUGUGUAUUCAGAAGGAGGCAAGCAGUGGAUAUCUCUUACAUGCAUGUGAUCAAGAUAUUACAACUGAAAGCAAAUACUGAUAGAGGAGAAGUAUUCCAAACCGUGAUGUCAGAAAGACAUGAAAGGAAUGAAAUGAAACAUUUUUACCUCAGCGAUGUUCAAGAAAAUAUGUAUGACUUAGUGUCUCAGAAGAGAGAUGAGGAAAGUGAUUACAACCAAAUACCUAUAACCCAUAACGAAAAUCUCACUGAGAAGGGAGAUGAACAUGUUAGAAGUGUUGCAGGAAUCAAGCCUAUUGAAAAUAGGCUGGCAUUAAGCUUUUGGGUUGAACUGCAUAUAUUUAAAAGUGAAGAGAAGAUUGAUGAAUUUAUUCAAGUGGACAAGGAUAUCAGGAGUAGUGCCUCAUUUUCACCACUUGAAGGAACUUCUUCUAGUGUGCAAACCAACAUUUCUAGUACACAUGCGAGUGGUUUUAUGCGUCCUUCAGUAGUGACACAAGAACAGGAAGCACACAGGGAAAGAUCUUACAAAUGUAAUCUGUGUGGCAAAACCUUCCUUCAGGGAUCAUACCUCAAAAGACAUCAGAUCUUCCAUACAGGAGGGAAAGUACAUAAAUGUGAUGUAUGUGAAAAAGUCUCUACUCACAAUUCAUACCUUGCAAGUCAUCAGAGAACUCAUACUGGAGAGGAACCUUACAAAUGUAAUGAGUGUGGGAAAAUCUUUCAUUACAGCUCAGAACUUGGAAGACAUCAGUUUCUCCAUACAGAAGAGAAAUUACAUAAAUGUAAUGUAUGUGAAAAUGUCUUUAUUCGAAAUUCAUUCCUUGCAAGAUAUCGGAGAAAUCAUAAUGGGGAGAAACCUUAUAAAUGUAAUGAGUGUGGCAAAUUCUUUAAUCAAAAGGCAUACCUUAUAAAGCAUCAGAGAGUUCAUAAUGAAGAGAAGUCUUACAAAUGUAAUGUGUGUAGCAGGGUCUUCAAUCGAAAUUCAAAUCUUGAAAGUCAUCAGAGAAUUCAUACUGGAGAGAAACCUUACAAAUGUAAUGACUGUGGCAGGUUCUUUUCUCAAAAGCCAAACCUUGGAAAGCAUCAGAGAGUUCAUACUGGAGAGAAACCUUACAAAUGUAAUGAGUGUGGGAAAAUCUUUCAUUACAGCUCAAAACCUGGCAGACAUCAGUUUCUCCAUACAGAAGAGAAAUUACAUAAAUGUGAUGUGUGUGAAAAUGUCUUUCCUCAAAAUUCAUUACUUGCAAGAUAUCAGAGAAAUCAUACUGGGGAGAAACCUUAUAAAUGUAUUGAGUGUGGUAAGUUUUUUAGUCGAAAAGCACACCUUAAAAGUCAUAAGGGAACUCAUACUGGAGAGAAACCUUACAAGUGUAUUAAGUGUGGCAAGCUCUUUAGUCGAAAAAGUAACCUAACAAGACAUCAGAGAAUUCAUACGGGAGAGAAACCUUACAAGUGUAUCGGGUGUGAUAAGUUCUUUAGUCGAAAAGCACACCUUAUAAGACACCAGACAAUUCAUACUGGAGAGAAUCCUUACAGACGUGAUGAGUGUGCCAUGGUCUUUAGUGAAAAAUCACACCUUGUAAGUCAUCAAAAAAUUCAUACCGGAGAGAGCUGAUACAAAUGUAAUGAGUUUGGCAAAACCUUUUAUCACAUCUCAGCCCUCACUCAACACCUGAGAAUCCAUACAGGACAGAAAUUAUAUUGGGUUGCCCAGAAGGUUCAGUUUUUUCUGUAAGGUGGCUCUAGGAGCACUUAGUUGUCUUUAACUUCAUUCAAACAAUUUUGUUAGAUUUUAUGUGACAGCUGCGAUAUCAGCGUGCAUUUUAAAAAAAGACAUAAAAAUUGGUGAAUUUUUGUGUAGCCAUUUUAAUAUUGAAGAUGGAAGGAAAAAAGCAACAAUUUUCAGCAUAUUACUCUUCAUUAUUUCAAGAAAGGUAAAAACACAACCGAAACGCAAAAAAAGAUUUGUGCAGUGUAUGGAGAAGGUGCUGUGACUGAUCGAACGUGUCAAAAGUGGUUUGCGAAAUUUCGUGCUGGAGAUUUCUCACUGGGUGAUGCUCCACGGUCAGGUAGACCAUUUGAAGUUGAUAGUGAUCAAAUUGAGACAUGAAUUGAGAACAAUCAACAGUAUACCACGUGGGAGAUAGCCGACAUACUCAAAAUAUCCAAAUCAAGCGUUGAAAAUCAUUUGCACCAGCUUGGUUAUAUGAAUUGCUUUGAUGCUUGGGUUCCACAUAAGUUAAGCGAAAAAAAAAACCUUGACCGUAUAUCUGCAUGCGAUUCUCUACUUAAUAAAAAGUUCUGUUCUUAAAAUAAAUUGUGAUGGGUGAUGAAAAGUGGAUACUGGGGGCUUCCCUGGUGGCGCAGUGGUUGAGAGUCCGCCUGCCAAUGCAGGGGACACGGGUUCGUGCCCCGGUCCAGGAAGAUCCCACAUGCCGCGGAGCGGCUGGGCCCAUAAGCCAUGGCCGCUGAGCCUGCGCGUCUGGAGCCUGUGCUCUGCAAUGGGAGAGGCCACAACAGUGACAGGCCCGCCUACCGCAAAAAAAAAAAAAAAAAAAAAAAGUGGAUACUGUAUAAUCAUGUGGAAUGGAAGAGAUCGUGGGCCAUGUGAAGUGCACCACCACCAACCACACGGACAGCUAGUCUUCAUCCAAAGAAGAUGAUGUGUCUACAGUGCGAUUGGAAGUCCUCUAUUUUGAGCUCCUUCCAGAAAACCAAACGAUUAAUUCCAACAAGUACUGCUCCCAGUUAGACCAACUGAAAGCAGCACUCCAUGAAAAGCAUCCGGAAUUAGUCAACAGAAAACGCAUAAUCUUCCAUCAGGAUAACGCAAGACCACGUGUUUCUUUGAUGACCAGGCAAAAACUGUUACAGCUUGGCUGGGAAGUUCUAAUUCAUCUGCCAUAUUCACCAUGGCGCCAUGGAUUUCUGUUUAUUUCAGUCUUUACAAAAUUCUCUUAAUGGAAAAAAUUUCAAUUCCCUGGAAGACUGUAAAAGGCAACUGGCACAGUUCUUCGCUCAAAAAGAUGAAAAGCUUUGGGAAGUUGGAAUUAUGAAGUUUCCUGAAAAAUGGCAGAAGGUAGUGGAACAAAAGGGUGUAUGUUGUUCAAUAAAGUUCUUGGUGAAAAUGAAAAAAA